GAGGCGGCAGAGGCGUCUAGGCCGACAUAACAUUAGAUAAUAAACAAAUUCACAAAGAGUAUUUAAACCAGUAUUUCAUCGGGAGUACCAAACACGCUCGGAGACAAAUACAAUAUACAUGAUGAACGCCCUACUUGUGGCCUUAGGUGUGGCUUUAAGUGCAACUUGUAGCCAUGCCCUUGGAGAGAAGAUAUACCUCAGAGAUGAACAUAAUAAUUACUGGCCUAUGAGCACCAGUCGUGCUGAGAUUGGAGGCUCUACUCGGACCCCUGAGGCUGGAAGUAUCAUCAUCGGUUUGGACGUAUUUCGGAAUUUACUACAGCGAUUCAUCUAUAAACAAAAGAAUAACCGGAUGCCUACUGCCCAUCGGGCAGAGAAACCAGUUGUCGACAUGACGAGCCCAUUUCAAAAUGAUGGAAAAUCAUCUGCGUAUUACAGCAAACGAGACAAGAACUUACAGAACCAUCCAGGCAGCCAACCUACCCAGGCAAGCAUCGGAACACAGGGGUUUGCUGAUCCCAAGAACCCUUUCAAGGGAAAAGUCUAUAACAGUCCAAUGCCAGUCAAUGCUGCCCCGGCCCCAGUCAAAGCUGCUCCUGUAGACUAUAUGAGCCCAUUUCGUAAUUCAGGAACCUCCUCCGCCUACUUCAAGAACUUGGAUCAGAACGCACAUAACUUCCCUGUUAACCAACCAACGCAAGAGGAGCUCGGACAAGAGGGCUUUGUUAAUCCGGCAGAUAUGUUCAAUAAAGUGUAUGUGUAGGUGGCCACAUCGAUGCUGUGACAAAGCAACGCACACUUCCACGGCUCAGCUUGCUUGCUUAUGAGACCAAGAACUAUCAUUUGUUUAUGUAUGAUAACGCAUACAUUGUCUACACACUACCACCAAAGCCUAUUGUCAUGUAUUUGUGACAACAUUGACACUUUUUCAUGUUUAUCCUAAAUUUACUUUGGGUGAUAAUUUCAUCAAGAAAAAUACAUUUGACAAAAUAAAUUCAUUUCAGUUUA